AUGGCUUUACGGAAACGCGGCCUGUCAUUUGGUUAUCUUUUGGAUGGAGGACUGGGCAAAAAGGGCUUCAACACCACUCGCGAGGUGGCGGUGCCGGUGGCGGCGGCGGCGGCCAGCGUGUUGGUGGUGCUGUCGCUGGUGGCCACCGUGCUGCUCAUCCGGAGGCGCAGGAAGGCGCUCGACCGCGACGCCGCGGGGCCCAGCAUCGUCGUCUACCCCUCGCACCACGGGUCCGCGCCGCAGUUCCUGACGAAGGAGAUCAGCUUCACGCUGCCCACGCUGCGGCACGCGGCGUCGUUGGACGAGCUGGGCGGCGAUGGUGACGCAGACAUGGACGACCGGUUCGAGGACGGCGCCAGCGACCCGCUGGUGCCCGCCAGCGGUGCUCACACGCAGCGGUCCAACUCGUUCAGCUGCUACGGCCUCGGCGCUAUCGACCCUUCGCUGUACCGCGGCGCGCUGGGCCUGGACGAGAACAUGUCCUUCCCAGAGGACCACCUGGGCCGCGUGUGGUUCUCGGUGCGCUACGAACCCGCCACGGAGAAACUGCUCGUGUCGCUGCUCAAGGCGAGAAACCUGCCUUCCAGGACCGUCGCCACCGUCAACGCCUGCGACCCCUUCGUCAGACUGCAUUUGCUGCCUGACGAGCGGCGAUGUCUGCAGUCCAAGCAGAAGAAAAAGACCUGCAACCCAUACUUCGACGAGACGUUUGUCUUUCAGGUGCCGUCCAAGAACGUGUCCGACCACAUCCUGAAGCUGACCGUGUUGGACGCGGGCCGCGCCAAGCGCCGCAACGUGAUCGGCCACGUGUCGCUGCCCCUGCGCGAGCUGGGCACUGGCGGCGAGCAGCGCCUCUUCAACAUGGACCUCGAGAAGGAGGCGCAGGAGCAGGUGUCUGAGCGCGGGGAGCUGCUGGUGUCACUUCUGUACAACGAGAACCUGCACCGGCUCGCCGUCACCGUCAUAGAGGCCAGGAACCUCAAGUUCCGGGAGGAGCGGCGCGACUCGUACGUGCGCGUGUCGCUGCAGCAGCAGUACCGCGCCGUCAAGGUGAAGCGCACGGCCACGGUCCGCAACUCGGACUGCCCCAACUUCUCGCAGUGCUUCAACUUCCGCGUGCCCGCCGCGCGGCUCGACCUGACCAGCAUCACGCUGCACGUGCUGGUGCCCGUGCCGGGCUACGGCAGAGAUAAGCCGAUCGGCAAGGCGGUGCUGGGGUCGUACAUGUUCGCGCGCGGCAAGGCCUUGGCCCACUGGAACGCCGCCAUCUCAUCGCCCAUGGAGCAAGUUCAGCAGUGGCACGCCCUGUCCGAAUGAGGCGGGGCCACGCACGUGUUUGGUUUCCUACCAAGAAACAAUCAGCUGUACAUAUCCUCCUUCUUCCUCGCGUCGAGAUGCAGUGGCCACCUUGCUCUUAUACAAUUCAUUUGCAGAACUGCUUCAACUCUAACUAGCUCCCGCCCUACUAGGGCGGCUCGGCUUGUUACUACAACGUGCACUAUAAUUCAUUUUAAUACCUUCCCUUUACUAUAAAUGCAUCAUUUUACCGGUUAAUUCAAAUGGACUUACCAAGAGGCUGGACGAGCCCAUCAGACUGGUACCCAUUCUUGCAUAAAUUGCAUUAAAAGAGGCUAAAUCCCUCGUAAGUAAGCAAGUGGUACCAUAUUCCCCAACGGUUUGGACUUGCAACCGGAUGAUGUGAACAUCUUGCGUCAUUAUUUCAGCUAACAACCAUUCAGCCAUCUUCAGGUGCAUUUUACACUGGAGAUUGCUGGUGUACGCCGCUGACUUUAUACCGAAAACGCUCGGCGCCACAUUCGCACAUGUUUUCGCUGCGUGGCCAUCCUUCGCCGAGUUCAGCGCUCUUUGUCGAGUACUGCUCCAUGUGUGGCGCGAGCUGAUAUAGCUUGCACGCCCUCUGUCGAAUUGGGGACACCCGGAGUUAAAAUUCAUUGGCGGAAAUAAGAAAAGUAAUUGUUGCUGGACUCGUAAUUAGGCGUGAAAUUUUGUCUUUCUGAAGAUAUUAAACACACCACCGGCUCCCAAGCUUUAUCACGUUGAAAUUUGCGAUCACAAUUAACAACUUCUUUCGGCGAACAUUUUUCCCCAGGUUCCAUAAUGAUUCAAUACUAGAAGGAUCUCUUCGUGACCAGGACAGUAGUGGCAGAAUAACUCAUAGAAGACCUUUCGUUGUUAUUAUAAGGAAGUAGGGAAAUUUAAUUUUCCGCCUGGUUAUAAAAAACAUAUCAUCUUGAUAGUGAUUUGAAGGCUAGCCUACUCACUCACAGAAGAUUCAAAGAGCCACAGUAGUUUGAUUGUGCAAUGGUAGCAUGAUCAUUAGUCUCCUACUUAGGGGUUGGAACAAAGACGAUAAAUCAUCUGUCUCUUAAUGAAUUUAAGAUUUAAAUUUUGAAUCAGAGGGCUUAAAUUUUUAUUUAGGAAGAGAAGACGCUACGCUGAGCUACGCUGGCGAACAUGUACUGUCGCUGUGUUCUGUGGAGUCCAAUCAUCCUUUAGUGAGCAGAGAAGAGCACAGGCCUUUGUAAGUGACCGGAAUAUUACUGUAAACAACGCUUCUUUAGAAUUCUGCCCAAUUUAGACGGAAUGUUGCCCCCUUAUGAGAGGUACGACCUGGACAUGAACAGCUCCUCCUCUUCUCUCUCUUUUGAGUGGUGACGUUUACUCCCCGCUAACGCUGUCCUAAUCUGAUGGGGGGAAUAUCCGCCCUCGAUAGACGGCUGCCGUACACCGAAAAUCUGUGCGCACGCGCCACAGCGCAAAAUUUCGAUAGAAAAUUAUUGAUGUGUACCAGCAAUCUCAUCUGAAGACGUCUAAACCAUUGUCACUCCAGAUAAUUUGGCAAGAUGUCGACGUCGUCCAGCUGCAAGCCCGAAAUCUAACGGAACAUUCAUUACACGGGGGUGUCAAGUAUCAUGACUGAUACCAUGAUGCACUUUAUUGCUUCCCAGUUUAUCACUCUCUGGUAACUACCACCACAGGUAAAGCUCUUAGUAUAUGAUUUCGUGCUUAUCGAAGGGAAAACAUUGAUGAUUUCGCUUAGCCCGACAAGAGAUAGCUUACCGUAGAAUUUAGUCCCAUAAUGGAUUCACUGACCACUAAAAACAGAUUCUCGUCAAAACUUGCGCUUUAGGAGUAUAGAAAAUGACUUUUCACGAAAUUUUUGUCACCAUGUAGAAAGAGAUCAAAUAUUGGUACUUUUACGGUUACGAAGAAAGGAUUGCUGUUGCACAUUAAAUAGCAAAAUCCACAUUUCUAUUCCAGAGAAGUAAAUCGAACAACUGAAGCGUUGUCGAAUUGUGUAAUUCCUAUCUAGAGUAAUGCUCUUCGUCAUACCAAUGAACAUGAAUUUGAGUCUUAAUGCGAUGCUGGUACAUUAGGAUGCACAGCAAGCUACCAGCGCUUGUAACAAUUUGUCCGUCGAAAAUUUCUUAACGAUUACUGGACUCACUGGUUAACGACCUGCGUGUACAGUACGAUAAAUCAAGCAACAUUAUUGUGGCAAACUCCUAAAUUUUCUUAUAGCAACUGUGUAACUCUUUGCAAUCAACUAUUUACAUCGCAGUAAAAUACUGAUCGACGGUCGCGUAGCACAGCUUUUAUACAUAAUUAUCCUCCUCGGCAGGAAACACAGUCGUUUUGUAGGAGUAACGAAUCCAUCGUAAACCUGCAACAAGACUGUUUAAGACAUGAUGCAGUGUAGCUUCUAUUGUUCUGAUGCAGCGAUAAUGAUUCUGCAGUUACUUGAGACAUUGCGACUGAAAUAUUUCGUCCUCUACGAGAAUACGAGGCAACAUAGCUGAAGGUGACGUGUUCUAAUCAGCGACUUCAUUAUGUAGUUGAGUACUUUCUUCAAAAUACAACACGUAUCUGCAUAUGUUCUCUUCUCGAACUGCCACAGUUCAGAGGCUAUGCGCACGUAUUCUGUGCCCUGUGAAACUCAUUCUUUCUCUUACGUGGGCCGAGGUAAAACGGUGAAGGUAGUAAAGGCAACGAAAGAGUAAAAUUCCACACACACUAAGCAUUGCAUCAUCUUAUGGGUGACUGUAAUGCUUAAUCUAUAAGUAAACUGUAGAAAACGUAGUGUUUCAUGCAAUACUUUACGUAAAUAAUCACCAAGCUGACCUUAGAUUUCUAAAUAUAAGUACAUCAGAGAUUACUAAAGUAGAAUUGCGAAUAGUUGCAAUACUGUAAACGAAAAUUCGCUAUUACAGAGGCAGAGACUUGAACGUAGAGAGCUUAAACAAAUAGGGAUCAAUGGUAGAUAUUUAUUUUACAGUCCAGUACUGACAUUUUUAUCCACUACUUUGAUAAUACAAUAAUAAUGUAAAUAUAUCUCAAUUUGAGCUCACUGUAAUGGAAAACAACACUUACGAUUGUAAAUAUAUGUUUGUAUGUAUAUAUGUUAUAGAAUAGCAACGCUCAUUCCACAGCUGACCAAGUGAUAUUAAUUUUUACUGUAAGGACUGAUAGCGUAGCUCCUUGCUUAACAACAUUUGUAAAAUAUGAACAUAUCACGUUAUGUCACUAUAUUUUUGUGACUAAGUAUUGAAAUUAGCUUUCUUAGACAUUCAAGAAAUCGCUACAUCGCGCCAGAGUCAGGAGGUCAUUACAAACGAAUGAUUGUAAUGAAAUGCUAUGAAAUGACGCUCGUAGACAAAUGAUUCUGGGAAAAUGAAAGCUUCAGAUAUUUCUUGAAAAGAUAAAUCUACGAAUGAAAUUACAUAUCUUUGGUGCUGAAGAGUGAUAGUUAAUUAUCUCAUACAGUUACAGUAACGUUUCGAGGCUAUAGAUAAUUAUUUCUGCUUUCUUCUGAAUUUUUAUCCUAUAGACUCCGAAGGCUUUGAAAACCCAUUUAUUUUAGAGUCCCAGUUUUUAUCGUUAUACACGUCAAGGUCGUUUAAACAGAACUUCACAUUUUGGCUUUGUGGUUGUAGAAUAACUACUGUCGGUUUCGGAACAAUUAUCAAAAUAAAUCAUAGUUACCACAGUUGUCACAACUACCGACGAUUACCACACUUUAACCUGACCGUGUCGAUAUCUGAUACCAAAAUAAGUUUUAUAGACCUCCUGCCCAUUCGCGCUUUGUCGAAAUCGCUUGAGGCAAUUUCCAUAAUGUGUUCCACUUGUUCCGUCUCAAACAGACUUUAAACCCUGAUCUGCCGUCCUAUUUGUGUUAAUUGCCACAAGUAUCAUCUUUGGACGCACGAUUAUGUAGCUGGUUCUCAGGAACACGUUACUGUUGUGGUAUCGAGUUUAACUGCUAGUGGGAGAAGCAGUUUGGACCGUGAGUCAUGAAAAGCAUUUGACCGAUACGAAAAUCUGGAGUUAUUAGAAACGGUCGCAACAUAUAAGUGUGAAGAGCUAGUUGGUCUUUGUUUCAUGGCACAUCAUUCAAAUGAUUCGUACUUUGCCUAAGGUUAUCAAAGAAUUAUCUCUUACCAAAUUUGAUCAUGUAGCGAGAUCUUGAAAGCCAUAGGUAACUGUGCUAGCGUUAAUUUUCUGAUAGCCUAACUAUAAAUCUUUAUGGACAAUGUAUAUGUAGAGGUUCAGUGAAUGAAGCAUGUCAUACAAGUUUGUAUUUAUUGCAGUAAAAUAGAGAUCUAUAUCUAUUUUAGAUAAAUUAGACUGUAAGAUGUUUUGCUUUCAAAUGUUAUAUGGAAGAAGAUCUCAUGACAAGAUCUGCUGUCUGUAUGCGUCAGAAGGCUUAGGAGACGCUUUUUGCAGCUUUCAUACGCGUGGUGAUUUUAUGACAAAGAGAAACGGUUUUUGUAGCUACAUGUUUCUCACCAGUCGCAAGCUGUAGUGGCACAGAUUGUACUCGAAGUGGUAUCCCCCACUUCCCCCUGCUCCAAUACUGCAACAAGUCAAUGAUGCAAACAAAUAUUCUGGGCACUGUUCCACUAAUAGAGUAUUUUAUAAUAGAAACAUUUCGUUUGUUUCUUCUUCACAUGGAUCUUGCACUAAGAACGCUCGCUACCUUUCUAAUUGGAGAUUUUUGAUUCUAAAGUCUCUGGGCGACAAUAAGACGAUAAUUCACUGUCAGCUGACAGUUUUAGAAUUUGCUAUCUUGCAGCGUGGUUGUUUAAUUAAAUAUUUCAUUCAUGUCAAUCUUGAAUGGCUACUGCAGUAUUUCGUACAUAGUUCAACAAAACUUUUAAACUCCAGCUCAACUCUUAUAAACUUAGUUCUACAUAUUAAUAAAGAAUGGAGAAAACGAAGUUUAAUGAAAAUGGUAACACACUGUUUAAUGCUUUCUUAUAAAAUUAAAACGAUUUUCUGCUACUAUAAAAGUUUAGCAGACUUCAUCUGGUUGCUUUCGGUUAACUUCCAUCUAAUAUAAUUCGAUGUCAUUGUUGGAUAUGGAAAUCAGCAACACAGCCAACUACUUUCCUGUAGUCAAAAAUAUUCUUUCAGAAUUUUGUUAAGGAUGUGUCAUCUCUUUUACACACCCCGACCAAGUGAAAUGCGGAUCUACUGCUAUCCCAUGUCCGUUUGUAAGAACCAGGUGGUGCUAAUACUAUACUCAGGGCAAACGAUAAAUUAAACAAAAUCUCAUAGUAUAUUCUGGCCAACUGAUACGAAAGACUGAGGAACAAAAAUGAUUGAGCUCCUUGUGCCUCAAUGAGUCACCUUUCAGGAACACUCCGUUUGUUUGAUUUAACGCAAGGUGAUGGCGUGCAUGUUUGAAAAACAGCCAGCAAAUAUCGAUGCCUCGGCAUAUUAUUAAGAUACUUACAGUUUGCUUGCAGUUGUAGAGCGUUAAGCUCCGAAAUUAUUUGAUUUUUCUUAAGACUACGAUUCUUAACAUAAAGGUAAUAUUGCAUAAUAUACACUACAAUGGAAACAAUAAAAAUGAAGUGCGCCCGUAAUAUAAAUCGUUGAUAGUGUAUUUUAACAUUACGGGAUAGACAGCAGUCAGUAUUAAGAAAGUAAUACUUGCGUCCGCAAUGACUCUAAAUGAGAAAAAUAUCGUGGGGCCAGUUUUCGAUUUUGUGAUAAAAACGUUUUUUUUGUAUAAUAUUAAGAUACAGAACGUAUACAUUUAUUACACAGUGAAAUUACAAGCACAAGCGAACAUUUAUAAAUAAAAAUAUUCUGUUAAUAAGGAUAAUAACAAUGAUUUGAAUUACAAUGUGCCACUGAGCUUCGUAAAAUUUUCAUGCAGGCUUAUAUCACAGUGAUAUAAUUUUGAGCAUUUGUAAAUAUAUGAACAACCCAUUAACCCUAAAAUGUACUGAAGAAGAGAUCAGUAGAAGAUAUCAUUCAAAAUAUCUUGUACGGUUAGAUAUUUUGGCUGCGAGCUCCAACACAAACGAAAUCUGCUUGUGGUAAAACAAGAGGUUUCUUGUUGACGUAACUGUUUACAUGAAGAAAACUGUUAACCUUAUGUUUCGUUUUGCAGCAUAGUGAGACACUGGAAUGAAGAGUAUGUAAGCGAAACAAGGUGUAUGUAUAUAUUCAACAAAAAUUAAUUUUUUGAAAAUAAAAUUUGAAUUUAUAA